UAUUUCUACCAAGUGCCCAGAAGUAUGAGAUUAACAGAGUCAGAGAAAUAUGACUUCAAUAUGGAGAACUUGUAAACAUUUUAGAAGGAAAAGAUGGGUACAAAAACUUAUUCUUCUGAAAAAAAUUAAGCAAUUAUUCUGUAAUAAUUCUCUUAUGUGUGCAGGAAUAGAUCAACUUGAGGAAUUACAAAGACUUUAGGAAUAAGGUCAUACAUGAGCAACAGGGGGGCUCCCAUGGAACAAGUCUAGUCCAAUGGAUACUGGUUUGGCCCAACCGGAUGGAGAGUUAUAUAUGAUCUGAUUCUGUUGAUUACAAUGAGUUCUAUCUCCCCAGCCCCAAGAAACUUUAGUUUUCAUCAUUUUCACCUAUUCCCUUUAGAUCUACUGAAGGUCAACAAUGAAAAACCGAACAUUUACUGAGUUUAUUUUGUUGGGCCUCACAAAUCAACCUGAGGUCCAGGCACUGAUAUUCAUCUUUCUGUUUCUCACCUACAUGCUAAGUGUCCUAGGAAAUCUGACAAUCAUCAUUCUCACUCUAGUAGAUUCUCACCUCCAGAUCCCCAUGUAUUUUUUCCUCCGGAAUUUCUCCUUCUUAGAAGUUUCCUUCACAUCCAUUUUUAUUCCCAGAUUUCUGACCAGCAUGACAACAGGAAAUAAAGCCAUCAGCUUUGCUGGAUGCUUGAUUCAGUAUUUUUCUGCUAUAUUUCUUGGGGCAACAGAGUUUUACCUCCUGGCUUCUAUGUCCUAUGACCGCUAUGUGGCCAUCUGCAAACCCCUGCAUUACCUGACCGUCAUGAACAGCAGAGUCUGCAUACAACUUGUGUUCUGCUCCUGGCUAGGGGGAUUCCUGGCUAUCUUUCCCCCCAUCAUCUUAAUGAGCCAGGUGGAUUUCUGUGCCUCCAAUGUUCUGAAUCACUAUUACUGUGACUAUGGGCCCCUCCUGGAGCUCGCCUGCUCAGACACAAGCCUCUUAGAACUGAUGGUCAUCUCCUUGGCAGUUGUGACUUUGGUGGUUACUCUGGUGCUGGUGACACUUUCUUAUACAUAUAUUAUCAGGACCAUUCUGAGGAUUCCUUCUGCUCAGCAAAGGGCAAAGGCUUUUUCCACUUGUUCCUCCCACAUGAUUGUCAUCUCGCUCUCUUAUGGCAGCUGCAUGUUUAUGUACAUUAAUCCUUCUGCAAAACAAGAAGGUGCUUUCAACAAAGGAAUAGCCGUGCUCAUUACUUCAAUUACUCCCUUGUUAAAUCCCUUCAUUUACACUCUGAGAAAUCAGCAAGUGAAACAAGCCUUCAAGGACACCAUCAAAAAGAUUGUAAAGCUUUAA